CCGAGCCGCGGGGAGCGAGCGAGCGGAGGCGCCGAGGAUCCGAUUCACUCGCUGGGGAGACCUAUGGGCCGAAGCCGUGUAAAUGCGUUUUAAGGCGAGCGCGGGGAGUGGCUGCGGGAGCCUCGAGGAGCCGGCGCCCCCGGCUCCAGUGCUGACCUGCCCCCCUGGCCCCUCUUGCCUUCUCUCAGCAGGGGCCUCGACUCCGCAACUGCCACUCCUCCUUGGGGUGUUGCACAAGUUUCGAGGUCACCGGCGACCCCCCCUAGCAGCGCGCCUGGCUCUGGCCCCCGCGAAGGAGGACGGGGCUUGCGUGUUGCAUACUUUCUAAGGCGGCAGCGGCAACAGCGGCUGCAGCUCCAUCCAGCCCAUCAGCUCCUCCUCAGCAUGGCUGGCUACCUGAGUGAAAAGGACUUCGUGAUGGUGGAGGAGGGAUUCAGCACCGGAGACCUGCUGGAGGAGCUCACUCUGGGGGCCUCACAGGCCACCACGGACGAGGUCGCUGCCUUCUUCGUGGCGGACCUGGGCGCCGUAGUGAGGAAGCACCUCUGCUUUCUGAAGUGCCUGCCGCGGGUGCGGCCCUUUUACGCUGUCAAGUGCAACAGCAGCCUGGGCGUGCUGAAGGUCCUGGCCGAGCUGGGGCUGGGCUUCAGCUGUGCCAACAAGGCAGAGAUGGAGUUGGUCCAGCGUAUGGGCGUCCCUGCCAGUAAGAUCGUCUACGCCAACCCCUGUAAGCAAAUUGCACACAUCCAGUACGCUGCCAGGCACGGGGUCCAGCUGCUGAGCUUUGACAACGAGCUGGAGCUGGCCAAGGUGGCAAAGAGCCACCCCGCUGCCCGGAUGGUUCUGUGCAUUGCCACCGAUGACGCCCACUCCAUGAGCCGUCUGAGCUUCAAGUUUGGAGCAUCUCUGAAAUCCUGCAGACACCUGCUUGAAAAUGCCAAGAAGAGCCACGUAGAAGUGGUGGGUGUGAGUUUUCACGUUGGCAGUGGCUGUCCUGACCCGCAGGCCUGUGCUCAGUCCAUCGCAGACGCCCGGCUUGUGUUUGAAAUAGGCGCCGAGCUGGGCCACAGGAUGCACAUCCUGGACCUUGGUGGUGGCUUCCCUGGAGUGGAGGGGACCAAAGUGAGCUUCGAAGAGACUGCUUCUGUGAUCAACUCAGCCUUGGACCUGUACUUCCCGGAGGGCUGUGGCGUGGACAUCCUUGCCAAGCUGGGGCGCUACUAUGUGACCUCGGCCUUCACCUUGGCAGUCAGCAUCACCGCCAAGAAGGAGGUUCUCCUGGACCAGCCUAGCAGGGAGGAGGAAAACAGUUCUGCCCCCAAGACCAUCGUGUACCACCUCGAUGAGGGCGUGUAUGGACUCUUCAACUCAGUCCUGUUUGACAACAUGUGCCCUAACCCCAUCCUGCAGAAGAAACCAUCCACGGAGCAGCCCCUGUACAGCAGCAGCCUGUGGGGCCCAGCGGUCGAUGGCUGUGAUUGCAUAGCUGAGGGCCUGUGGCUGCCGCCACUACACGUAGGGGACUGGCUAGUCUUUGAGAACAUGGGCGCCUACACUGUGGGCAUGGGUUCCCACCUCGGGGGGACCCAGACCUGCCGCGUCACCUAUGCCAUGUCUCGGUUGGCCUGGGAAGCGCUUCGAGGGCAUCUGCUGCCUGCAGAACAGGAUGAGGACACCGAGGGCGUGUGCAAGCCUCUGUCCUGUGGCUGGGAGAUCACAGACACCUUGUGUGUGGGCCCUGUCUUCACCCCGGCGAGCAUCAUGUGAGCCGGCCCCGUUCUCCCCCCCAACCCUGAGAACCCCAGUGGGGCCGCAGCGAUGCCUCUGGGAGAGGUGGGCAA